UACACAUCAGAGAUCUUCACUAGUUAAAUCUCAUCAGAAGCAGCAGUCAAAAGUAAAAGAGUUCAUGGCAUCAGCAAGUGGAUUUCCUGCAAGUUUUUAUGGUGAGCCAGGUGUGCUUGGGCUCCUGGCCAAUGGCAUCAGUGCUUUCCUCAUCCUGCUGCAGAACUUUCACGGAGCCCGGACUGGCAUUCCUGCAGAGGGAGUGGAAAACAUAUUAGCAGGUGUUCAUCUCAUUCUAAUCGGUGGAGUGUGUCAGCUUGUGGCAGGCUUGCUGUCUUUCCGAAAAUACGACCAUCUGAGUGGCACGUCAUUUGUAGGAUAUGCAGCGCUUUGGGGGAGCUACGGUGCCACAAGAAUCUUUCUGGGUGCCAACCAACCGAGACCAAGCUCUUCCAAUGAAUCGGCAUGGAUGAAUAGCACAUCCCAAGAUCUUUACAUUAACUCGACCAUCAGUAACACUAUUGCUGCAAUGCACAUCAAAGAGUCUGCCAUAGCUGGGCUGGUCCCUUACAUCCUUCUUUCCUUUCUGUUGGCCUUUUGUUCAGCAACUGUAAACUACAUCAUGCCCUUUGUGUUUGGGGCCAUCACCCUCACACUGAUUUUUGAGGCCGUGGGUCUGGUGGCAGGGUGGGCUUUAGUGGUCUCCGGAGUUCUGGAGCUUCUAAUCCUGCUCUUUGCCAUAUAUGGCUCCUCAGCACUACUGAUCAAAGGGUUAGCCCAGCGCUACGUGCUAAAGGGUUUUGGAAAUCCUCUCUUCAACGUGCUUCUCCUAGGAACCACCAGUGCUAGCAGCUCCCAAAGCUUGGGACAAGAAAAGAAGAAGAACACUAAGUAUGCUGAACCCAUGGCCCUGGGAUUCUUCUGCGACACCGUCUCGCCAUUUAUCUUCGCCUUUUACGCCUUUGGCUACUUCCCGUCCAUCCCAGUGGGUGCCAUUUGGAUAUCCAUAAACUCUGCUGCCCAGCUUCUGUCUAGUUAUUACGCACACCUGCGUCAAGACUGCUACCAUGCUACCAAGUUUGGCCUGCACUCUGCUUUUUGGCUGGUGAAGACCUGGGAAGAGUAUGUGGUGUCUGCAUCUAUCGGCAGGACUGAAGCUGGAGUAGGAAGGCAAGCCAUGGUUGGUAACUGGUUCUUUUUGUCCGCUGCCUUGCUUUUCUGCAUCAUGAGUCUGAACAAGGACUCCCUCGAGCUGGUUCACAAUUCAGUCUUCGUCCUGGUGACCAUAUCAACCAUCUCCCAAAUUCCCAUCAACGGGUACUACAUCUUCUUUGGAGUGACUUGUUCGCUCUUCACUGCCCUUUCCAUCUACGGCACCUUCGCACGCCUUAUCAACACCAUCGCUGAGAAGUCUUUGAUUCCAGUCGGACCCCAGCCCGUCUCCACUGAAUCUCUGCAGGGAUGUCUCGGUUACUUCAAGAGAUCGAAACUGGACCAACUCAAGGACAAAGGUGCACCCCUUCCUGACGCAUUAUUCUAUCUCACCAAUGGAGUGGCCGCUCUCUCAGCCAUUCACAGCAGUCAGACAGGCCUGGCAUUCUUCGACUUGACUGUUCCCUGGGUGCUCAUCCCAGGAGGCAUUGUCCAGGCCUAUGUCAGUCGGCUACAGGUACACGGUGGUCAACGAUUUGGCUCCGUCAUUCCAUCCUUUUACGCAGCUAUUUGGGCUACAUGGAGCUGGUUUAGAUUUGCAGGACAUCGUUUACAAAUAUCCACAGAGUCGGCUAAUGGCUUUGCAGCUGGGGCGAUAGUAUUCCUGGUCAUCAAUGCUUUCCUGAUUUUAGUCGCUGCCUAUGGCAAUAUCGUUCUUUUAGCAUUGACCACAGUCAUGGAGGUCAUCGUUGUCUGUUUUCUCCUCUCUGUCUACAGAAGACUCCCCUAUCAGCUGGAAGUUGCCAUGCUAGCAAUAUUUGCCAUCAUUUGCUUGUACGGCAUGCUAGCAUCACUUGUGAACUGCAUCUUUUCCAAGACCCUGAUACCAGUUGGGCCUUCCCUUAUCAAGGACCAAAGAAAGAAGGAACCUGUGACCACACAUCCAUGUGCUAUUGCUGAUUCGCGGGGAACCAGUGGACUCCUCAAGAUUGCCAAAAUUCUGGAAAAUGGCGUGUGUGGUAUCCCUACAGACACGGUUUAUGCCUUGGCUGCAUCGUGCAAGAACCCAAGUGCAAUCGAGAAGAUCUACACUAUCAAAGACCGUCCUGCAGAGAAGCCUAUUUGUAUUUGUAUUUCAAGUGUGGAGCAACUCGUGGCAGCAAAACCCCCUUUCAGCCCUUUGCUGUGGGAGUUCAUGAGAAAUGUCUACCCGGGAGGCAUCAGUUGCAUUGUUCCGAAGGGGGAAUGGCUCCUAAAGCUUGGUGUGGGGCCUGCAUAUGACCGUGUAGGCACUAAAGACAGCAUUAUGAUUCGAGUUCCUGACCACGCUGUUACUGCUCACCUGUGUGAAUUCACCGGCCCAUUGGCCAUAACAUCAGCCAAUCCCAGUGGAGAAGCUGACAGCGUUCACCAUGACAUGGUCAUAAGCCGUCUUGGCCACAAGAUUGAAGGAGUUCUGUGUGACGGACAAUCCAAUGAGGUGGUGGCCUCAACUGUAGUGAACUGCCUGAAAAUUGAUGAAGGAACCAUCAGUAUUCUACGUGAAGGUUGUGUGCCUGCACUGAAGGUCAAGCAGAUAUUUGAACGCGUCAAAAAUAAUAUGCUAUAAAAUGACCAGCUUUUGUAGCAGACUUGUUUUAUGAAGGAUGUGUAAAUAACUACUGAUUGCACUUUUUCAACAAUAUUAAACAAGAAGUGAGAAUGUGUUACAUAUGUUGCUGUAAAAUUGAUACAACGUUUUAAUACUGAACAAUUCUAUGUAUUUAUUUUUUCUGAUUUAUCUAUUCUUUCAACGGAACAUGUCUUUUUUGCUUGAAAGUAAAUAACUGAUAGCUUUAACUGUUCAAUGCGAAGAUUGAUAGCAAAUCCAAUACAGCAUAAAUUAUGUUUGUAAAUGUACAGUAUGUGGUGCUCAAAGAAACCAAAUGAAGUUUUUUAAAUGUUUAAAAUAAAUGUCUAAUAAAAUAUUGGA